GCACAUCAGUUCAUCAAGUUCUUUGUACAGACCACUGAGGCAUGAUAAAUCUGGCUCCAUGGAAUUGCAGAUGGAGGCUCCAGCCUACAAAGCAUCAGACCUUGUGGAUGGUUGAGCACGAUUAUAUGUUCUGAUAUUAUGUUUCUACCAGCUGAGAAAGCCCUCCAUCAGGUCAGUGAUGUGCUGCACCGACCAUUCUGCCCUGUCCCUGGCUGCCUGUGGCCUCCCUGGAUCUCCCCUCAGCAUGCCACAGGCUUGUGCUCCACUGCUGAAUCCAUGCUAGCGAAGACAGACAAGCAGCUGCAUGCAGAAGUGAGGGGCUGGCACAGGAAUGGCUGCACUCAAUGGAAUGGCUGUGUUGUGGAGACAACCCUUGCUGGAGGGCUGUGGGCAGCAGAGGCACCACCAGGCUGCAUUUUGCCAUGAGCUGGUGAGCCCCAGAACAGGUGCCAUACAGCUGUCUGUAUUCCUCCUCUGGCUCUUCCCUGAGUGCCUGUAUAGCCCUUGCCAUCCUGUGCUCGAGGCUGCCCCUGAUGUCCUUGGUGGGGUCCAGUAGAGAUGAAAGGACUACUCAGAGUAGAUGGGACACAGGGAAAGAGGCUGUGCAAGUGUAAAAACCCCUAACAUGUAGCUGUCUGAACUGAGGAACUCACACUGUGCUUCCUACUCAGGCAUUGCUCCAACAUGGAGCAUUUUGCCCGUUUUAAUCACAUACUGUGAAAUCUGUAGGCACUCUAGGACCACAUUCACAAUUAGAGACAGAGAAGCUGGGUAACAGCUGCAGCGGUCAGGGAGACAACAGCUCGCAUAUAUUAAAACAUACAGAAACACUCUUUCCAGAAAACUGGACUGAAAAAGUCUGACUAUUUGCUUAGCGGGGGAACAUCAAUGCCCAAAGGCAGCCGGUGCUGUCCCCAUGCCAGCUUCCAGCUCCAUCUGGGCAUCCCUACAGCCUCAGGAGCCAGCAACCACUGAGCACACCACAGCACCGAAAGUUGCUCCCUCACAGGCUCCUGCACAGGUCCUGCUAGAGCACACGCUGUCGGACGAGGAGGAGGAGGAGGAGGAAGGCACUGAAGCAAAGCCAAGCUGAGAGACACAAAAUCUUCUAUUUGUCCCCAAGCCAAUCCUGUGUCUGGCAGCUGCCCAUUCGACAGCCACAUAUCACAAAUUCUCAGCCCUCUGCACAAGCCAAGUGAAAGCGAAGUAAACCUCCUGGAAAACCCUGGUUCCAAGCAGCAGGGCACAAGGAGAAGAGGCCAGGGCCAUCUGAGAGAGUAGAGGCUUCCUGCUGUCAGAGGUAUCUGAGAUGAAUCCCACCAGCCAAUUCAUUGGCACAACGGAAUAUGACUAUGGAUACGAUGAAAACACUGCUCCGUGUAACGAAGGAAACAACUUUCGCAGGUUUAAAUCCCUCUUUCUGCCAAUUCUUUACUGCCUUGUGUUUGUCUUCUGCCUCCUGGGAAACUCCUUGGUCCUCUGGGUUCUCCUGACCAGGAAAAGGCUGACAACAAUGACUGACAUCUGCCUGCUGAACCUCGCAGCCUCUGAUCUCCUCUUUGUUUUGCCCCUCCCUUUCCAAGCCCACUACGCUUCAGACCAGUGGGUUUUUGGCAAUGCCAUGUGUAAGAUAAUGGCUGGCAUUUACUACACAGGUUUUUACAGCAGUAUUUUCUUUAUAACCCUCAUGAGCAUAGACAGGUACAUAGCAAUUGUCCAUGCUGUCUAUGCCAUGAGGAUACGGACAGCCACUUGUGGCAUAAUUAUCAGCUUGAUCCUGUGGCUGCUGGCUGGCUUGGCUUCUGUACCCAACAUCAUGUUCAGCCAGGAGCUGGAGAUCGAGCAGGCGUGGCAGUGUGUCCCCAUGUACCCCCCAGGUGACAAUACCUGGAAGGUUGCUUCUCAGUUUACAGUCAAUAUCUUGGGCCUAUUGAUUCCCUUUAGCAUCCUUGUUUGCUGCUACACUCAGAUACUAAAAAACCUGCAAAAAUGCAAAAACCGGAACAAGGUCAAGGCAAUCAAGAUGAUCUUCAUCAUUGUCAUCGUCUUCUUCCUUUUCUGGACUCCUUUCAACAUCACGCUGUUCCUGGACACUCUGCAGAGCCUGCACGUCAUCAAUGACUGCAAGGCCAGCUCCCAGAUAGCGCUGGCCCUGCAGCUGACAGAAACCAUCUCCUUCAUCCACUGCUGCCUGAACCCCAUCAUCUACGCCUUCGCUGGAGUGACAUUCAAGGCCCAUCUCAAAGGACUCCUUCAGUCCUGUGGUCGCGUCCUCGCCAGCCCUGCCGGAGGUGCCGGGGCUGGACAGUCAUUUUCGGCACCCUCCCAGCUCUCUGGCUGGUCUGACAGUGCAGGGGUUCUGUGAGCACACCUGAGUCACCUUCUGCUGGUGAAGGGGCUGGCCAAAGGUCUGCUGUGGUCCUGAAGGUCGUGCCAUGUGUGCAGCAUCCCCUGGGAGAUGCAGUAUGCCUGUGCCUCCUGUUGGGAUACGCUGUGACCUGCCACAUAAGAACUUGUGACAUUGAUUUCCCAAGAGAAGCAGUGGGUUUGUAAAAUGGUGGCCAUACAUUGCCACAGAAUAAUUUUAAUUAAGUUUUAGAGCUCCUUUAAUACAAGCAGGCUGCUUCCUUUAGUAUCUAUUUUCUCCUCUGACAAACGUGUCGCUUCUGCCUCACCCCAAGUAUGCUGUGCCUUGUGGAAGGUGAAUCCCUACAUCCCUGGGACCAAGUGUGUGACACGCCUCUGGAAAGUGGGAAGUGGACAGGCAUGGGAUUGCCUCAUAUGGCAAAGAGGGAAUCACCUCAGACACUGUCACAGUUUCCUCUUUGCCUCAGGUCCCAGACAAAAAGCCCCUUCAGCACAGGAUCCUGCUUGUUGUGGGAUGGUCCCAGGGACACAGCCCUGGAAUCCUUGGAAGUGCUGUCACCCAGAGCAGCCUUUGGUAGUGAUGCCUCCAAAAAUAACAAAACAAUGGCUCCAGGUGCCCCCUAUACUGGUCACUCGUGGAGGAUCCUACACUAGAAAAUGUUGUCCUCUGAGAAGGUGGGAGCUCUGCGUCACCCCGGGAGCUGUGGGAGCUCCAACUUUGAGAUUCCAGCGCUUGCUGCUAAAUGUAACCAUCAUAAAAUGGCCUGUAGCAAAGCAGGGUCCUUCUCUUUUCCCACAUCUUCAUUUUCUACCAUUUUAAAAAUGCUUUCUUCAGAUAAACAUUAGCUACACCUUUUUUGUCUUGAUUCUUGAUAGUCUGCCUGAUGACUCACAAGCCUUGAUUAGGAUGAGGAAACUUUGACUUUGCGCAUUUUUGAGUGGGUAUCACAUAAAUGCAUCUGAUUGAAUUGAGAGGCACCCUGAAGCUCUUCAGCAAAAUAAGUCUUAUCUCCACUUUUCUGCUGAGGAAGCUUUGUUCUCCAAAUCCCAGUAAAAAAUCACAGGAAAAAAAUAACAUUUGUAUUGCAGUAGUAUUACUGCAAACACACAUUUUUAAAAGUUAAUCAAGAGAACACCUGAAAUCAGGGAAAACACAGCCUGGAUAUUGUCAAAGAUUUUAUUUUUUAAGGUAAUAAAAAUUUUAAAUAUUAUUCUAAUUCUACCUUUCUUUCUGAAAAUAUAAUUUCAUGUUUUUAUCCUUCCUAAAAAUUAAAAAAAAAAAAAGAGAAAAAUUUAAGCUUGGUGCCAAAAAUUUCUUGCUAUUAACUAUAUUGUAUAGAAAAUACUUAUUUCUUUUAUUAUAGAUAGCAUGAGUAACAUUUCUAGGUUUUAUUCCCCAAUGGAGAAGAAAUGUCCUGCAACUCAAUUAUUAUGUUGUUUUACUUCUCAGAAGACUUCUAUUUAGAAAUA